AGACAAGUUUCAUUCAAGUUUGUUAGUUGUUUGACAGUUGGGCUUGGCAAUUAUGCCCACAAGGGGGAAUCCCACGCUAUCUUUUCUUUUCUUCUUCAUUUUUUGUUGUUGCUGUGUUUUUCCAACGUGUACAAUGCGUCAAGUGGGAGUUCCCGUGUGGUUAUUUCAGCUAAGACCCGUACACGGUCAGUAUAGACCAUCAUUCUGGAUUAGUGACUAGUCGGCUGCAUAUUCUGAUUCAUUCAUAUUUUCUUUACACGGGCAAAAGCUAAACGAGACGAGAGACAAAAACAAAAAAACGUUAAAGCAAGUCAAUAUUGAUGUAUGGAAGAGUAAAAGUAAGAACCUUGUCAGAAAAUCGCAGCUGUUACCAGAAGCGAAGAUGAAACUCCUGUUAUUGGUCAUCUUUUUCUCGGGCUCGCAAGGUGCGGCUGGCUCGAAUAUCUCUGGCCUUCUGAAACCCAAACAUGCUCAGGACAACACAGGAGUGCAGAUGAAUGACAGUGGCAUCCUUGGGCAAGCCCGGAUUAACCCGCCAGUGGACUUGGGAAGCUGCUAUACCGAUGAAGACCUCUAUCCAGAAGUAGAGGGCAUCGUGGGAGAGUCUUACAGCCUCGCAUGCCCCCUGACAUCUGAUUUGCCUCUGCUUCCCAACAUCACCUGGAAGAAGAACUGCACAUCAGAAUUGGGCACUUUUAACAGACUGGUCUUUGAAAGUCUUACGACAGCUGACACUGGAUAUUACACCUGCACAUGGUCCUUAAUGAAUGGAACACAGGUGUACAACAUGUCUGGAACCAGGAAGCUGACGGUAGAGGAGGCUGAUGUUGAGCUUGAUCCUAAGAUUAUUCAGCCCCAGGACAAUGCAGUAAUAAAGGUGGAUUUGGGGGAAGAAGUCACAGUCCUAUGCAUUGCCAUGUUUCAUUCUAAGCCAGAAUUUUCUAAUCUAGUCUGGAUGAAGGGGAACUCUUUUGUAAACGAGGAUCCAAGCAUCUUUGUUAACAACUCUGGAGAGCAGCAGAAGGCGGAGAAAUACCAAAUACUGUCGAUGCUAGUGUUCAGACGUGUGUCCCCAGAACACCUCAACACUAAGUAUACCUGCAAAUUAGAAUCACCUUAUCUAGAGAGAAACAAUGUGUCCUUCACCCUGUCACAGAGAGGUGUUGCUCCAUCUCCUUUCCUGUGGUUGGGGCUUCUGGCGAUGUUUACUGUCAUAGCAUCAGUGUCUGCAGUCAUCUAUGUGGUGCUCAGAAUAGACAUUGUGCUGUUUCUCCGGGAAGUCAGGGGUGCCUCCUCCGCUCUUUCAGAUGGAAAGCAGUAUGACGCCUACAUCAUGUAUUACAAGGCAGCCAGCGAAGAGGCCCUGACGGAGGAGGAGCAGAGACUGAUCCCCCACAUCCUGGAGACUGAAUUUGGCUACCGGUUGUGCCUGUAUGAGCGAGACAUCCUCCCAGGCAGAGCGGUGCCAGAGGCAGUGCUGGAGCACAUUGAGCAGAGUCGGAGGCUGGUGCUGCUCCCAGGCACUGCAGAGGCGGAGCAGGAGAGCUGGGUGACGGGUGGGGUCGGGGCCGGAGAUGGAGACGAGCAGGGUCUGCUGAGCGGGCUCCACGCGGCGCUGGUGGAUCGACAGACCAGGCUGGUCCUGGUGGAGAGGGCCCCACGGGGCAAGUCGGGCUCCCUGCCCAAGCCUCUCCAAAUGCUGGUCCGCUCCGGAGGCUCUGUAGCCUGGAGGGGAGACCGCUCCGCGCCCCUCUCCUCCCGCUUCUGGAAGAAACUGCGCUACUACAUGCCUGCAGGGAAGAGCCACAAGCACAGGGCAGAAAUGACUGCACUGUGAAGGAAAGGAGAGGAGAGGGGGAGCAGAGCACUGUGAGGAAAUGCCUGAAAGAGAAUAGAAUGUCAGCUCUGUGAAGUAUUUGCUUUGGUUGCUCGCCGAUGGUUCUGUUUUUUUUUCUAAAUAGCACAUUCCAAAUUAUUUUAUGCCAGUUAUGCUGCUUUCACGUGACAAGAAUCAAAUGCUGCAUUCAACAACAAGUAAGGCAGUGACUACAGGUGGGAAGAAUCUAGAAGAAGAAGCCAGUUGUUCAAACUUGUUGUCAUCCAUCCAGGAAGCCAUUGGUGCGUAAAACUGUAACAAGCUGCAACAAUAAAAAAAACAAUGUGAUAGUCGUAGGCUGUUUGCGGUUAUAAAAGGCUAAAUUGUGUACUCGCUUUGUGAAUCCAAAAAUACUGGCUUUAUCCCAAGAUGUCAAGAAACUUACCAGGCUAAAUCAGGUAGCCAUGUUGCCUAUGUCAAGCGGCUCUGCCUGGGCUCUGUGCUGCUAAGAGUGUAACCUGCAUCUGCGUGCUUCAUACAAAGCUGUGAUGUGAUUUGACAUGUUAGGAAAGGUUAGCUUCAAACAAGGUCAAAAUGUAAAUGAUGGCUCUCAACUUUACUUUAUUUUGAGCUGUAUGCUUAGCCUAGCAUUAUAAUUAAUGCUUAUAAUUGAUUUUUAUAUUGCAAAUUAUAAGCUGACCAGCGCCUACUGUUAGUGGAUAGUAGACCGCAGCCUGUAGUGUAGUGGUUUAGGUAAAUGACUGGGACCCGCAAGGUCAGAGGUUUGAUUCCCGGUGUGGCCACAAUAAGAUCCGCACAGCCGUUGGGCCCUUGAGCAAGGCCCUUAACCCUGCAUUGCUCCAGGGAAGGUUUGUCUCGUACUUAGUCUAAUCAACUAUGUGUCACCCUGUAUAAGAGCCAUUAAUGUAAUGUAUUAUGAAGGUGUUUAGGUUGUUAAUAACAUGGUCUAAGGUACAGUGGCUUCAGAAAAUAUUCAGACCCCUUCACUUUUUGCACACUUUAUUGUGUGGAUUUUAUUUUGAAAUAAAAUAGCCCAUCAAUCUACAUUCAAUAACCCAUAAUGACAAAAUGAAUUAAAACAUUUUCUAAAUUUUAGCAAAUGUAUUAAAAAUCUAAAACUGGAAUCUCAAGUAUUUAGACCCUUAAUUGAUUUGGGCAGUUUAUCCCAUUCUAGGAAGAGUCCUGGUGGUUCCAUACUUCACAAUUAUUGAAGCCACUGUGCUCCUGGGAACUCUUCAGAAAUGCUUUAUGCACAAUGUGCAAAAUGGUUUUAUAACCUUGUCCUGAUCUAUGCUUCACCACAAUUGUAUUAGAGUUCCUCAAACUUCAUGGCUUGGUUUUUGUCCUGACAUGCAAUGUGAGUCGGACAUUAUCUACACAGGGGUGUACCUUUCUGAACUAUGUCUAAGCAAUGAAAUUGCCACAGGUGGACUCUAAUCAAGUUCUAGACACAUCCCACUGAUAAUUCAAUCAAACAGGAUGCACCUCACCAUAAUUUGUUGGUCCACAGCAAAGGGUCUUAGCUGACCCUUUGCUGAAUGCUUAUGUAAAUGAGAGAUUUCAGUUUUUGAUUUGUCAUUAUGGGUGAUUAAGUGUAGACUGAUGGACAAAAAUGGCAAUUUUAUCAGAUUAAAAUUAAAUGAGAAAACAGUGAAGGGGUCUGAAUAUUUUUUGAAGCCACUGUAACUAAUGUUUAUCAUUGUAUUGAUUUGAGAUUAACUGGGCUGACAUUAACCAGGACAGCUUAUGAGAAUAAAAACUGUAUAUGUGCAUAAUGCGAGUGCGUUUACAGUAUGUGUGAACUUGAGUGUUAUUUUUACGUUGGAAUAUGUGUGUGCUCAAGUGCAUUGUGUGACUGUGUGGAGGUCAAAGUCAGAUACCCUUGCUGAAGGUUGCCUGGAUCAGCAAACAGAAAAGUGUUUAUUCUGUUAGAGCGAUGGCGAGGAUGUUGUGGUGGAUGAGUGAGUGAUUCACACCCGUCACAGGGCUGUAGUGUGAUUAGUACUGUUGUGAGAGGAGGACAUUCUGCUGAAAAACACAUAACCCGCCUCUCACCGCCACGCUUCAUGCUCGUUGGGGCCAAGUACUUUUUUCACCCUCACACCUCCACCCUCACCUGCAACUACCACCGCUCUGGCAUCCAGAAGCCUGCUUUUGUAAAGGGCAAGGAAGGCCUGUCUAUCUCUCUCUUAGCCUCACAAUACAGUUUUUGAGAUUUGAGCUCUAUGUGUGAUCUACUGUAUAUUUAAGGUCAGAUAUAAAGUUGUUCUAAAGUGCAGAAUGUUAUCAACUCCAAAGUUGUGAAUUUUAUUAUAUUGUAAUAACAUUGUACUUUAUUGUUAUAGAGAGAGUGUUAUAUACUGUAUAUCUGCAGAAAUGUUGGUCAUGUUAUAGUUAGAAAACGAACUAUAACAUGGUAUAGAAGACAAUUAACUCUUGCCAUUUUCUUUACUUACUUUAUGACGCUGUGUAUUAAAACAUCAGCUUGGU